CAAGGAAACCUCAGUACCUAUAAAACCCCUUUAAAUCAUAGAUCUUGAGCACCUGUAAAAUGGAAAUUUUGUAGUGAUCUGGUUUUUAAUUGAGCUGCUCCAUCCGCGACACGUCUUUGAUAGCUUGAGUCGCCAGCACCAGUAAAUUUCGCAUUCCUCGUGUUAUGUUUCGAUCUUCAAAGACCAGUCUUUAUUAAAAGCCACUUUAUGUUAUAAAAGUAUGAGAUAAGGUUUUUCACUUCAUUGUUUCUUUGACAAGCAUCACUGAAAAGCUAUGAAGGUAUUUGCUACACAUGCUCUGCUGGCGGCUCUGUUGAGUUUCGCUCAGGCCGAAUGCCCUGGAAGUCCGUGGAAGGAGUGGAACGGUCACUGUUACAUGAUGACUCAAAAUCAGUUGAAUUGGCAUGACGCAAGGGCCCGCUGCAAGUCUGUCUCGCCAUAUGCCGACGUGGUCAGUAUUCACAGCAAGGCUGAGAACGACUUCCUUCGGAGUCGAGUAGUGGGCAGCCGGCGAGUCUGGGUUGGUAUGCGGUCACACGGACAAAGUCAGCGGUGGGUGGACGGCACACCGGUCCAUUUCACUAAUUUCUUGCCCGGUGUGUCGCCGGCCGAUCGUACCAGCGAUGUCGUACAGCUGCUGGGGAACAACGGCUACUGGAAACCGUCCUCCUCAUACAAAGGCACCAGGCUGCACGCGGUGUGCAAGAUGGCCUCGUGCAAGUGUCGUGAGGGCUGGACACGAUGGGGCGACGCGUGCUAUCUGGCAAAGAAGGAGAUGUUCAUCGACUGGCUGAGUGCGCGAGAGCAAUGUCAGCAGAUGGAGCCCACCUCAGACCUAGCCACUAUCACCUCUGCGGCCGAGAACAGGAUCGUCUUCCGACUGGCCGGGGGCAAGGACCGCAUCUGGAUCGGCCUCAACGAUCGGGUCUGCGAGGGUAAGUUCCAUUGGAACAAUCGCUCCGACGGAGUGGAGUACACCAACUGGUUCAGACAUUCUUCGCAACGUAAUUCACAUGCCAAAGACUGCGCCUACAUGACCCGAGGCGGAAAAUGGAUCGCCUCUUCUUGCCGUCAACUCGGCUUUUAUUACGUUUGUAAGCAGUUGCUGUGCGGCCGUUCCUCGGAGCCAAGUCCGACGCGACGCGGCUCCGACCGUGUCUGGAGGCCCGAGGACAGUGUGCGCUGUCCGCCCGGCUGGAGUCGCAGCUCGUCUUCGGCCGUGGACUCGGCUCUCCGGCCGUCUUGCUUCAGCCGGCCCACGGCGGUCGAUACGUUCGCCGGGGUGCAGAGCCGGUGCCGCGCGCAGCACCCGGACGCCGACGUCGCCGUCAUCCGCUCGCUGGAGGACAACGACCGGGCCUUCCUGUCGGCCGGCGCGCUGCCCAUGUUCAUCGCCAGCGACGACCAGUUUGACAUGCAGGAAGAGUCGUCCUCGGCCGGCGUCGGCUGCGUCUCGCUGGAGCCGACCGGUCUCUGGAGCUCCGGUCGGUGCGCCGCCGGCCGCCUGCCGGGCCUCUGCCAGAUGCCCGCCUGCAUCCCGCGCUGUCCCAACGGCUGGCACCUCUUUCAGGGACAGUGCUAUUACGUCGAGGAAAGGAAUUUGGAUGCAGCCUCCGCAGAAGCCGCAUGUCAAAGAGCUGGCAGCAAGUUAGCUAGUAUCCAUAGCCAGGAAGAGAACGAUUUCAUCGAGCAUCUGGCGUAUGCGAGAAGGCGUAACGAACCGAAACGCAAUGCCUGGAUGUGGAUAGGUGCCAGACGGGAGACUCGCGGAGCCGACUGGGUGUGGUCCGACUGCAGCGACUGGAACUUCUGGCACUGGGAUGUCACUGAUGGCCCAAAACCCGCUAAGGACAAAAAUGUAUGUCGGCGGCGGUACCAUCCAGAGUACCAUCAUUAUGCUGCGAUGUUUUCUGACGGCCGCUGGUACGUUAAGUGCCAUCCUAAAGCUUGGUCUGUGUGCAAGCUGGACCCGUGUCGAAAGCAGUUCGGUUGGCUUGCUGGUGGGCCCUGGUGCCCCGGUGAAGAGCCACCACCGACUAUCCCAACCACAAGCACCACCACAACCACCACCACUACCACACCAACAACCACAUCCACGAGCAGACCCGCGGUGGAACCGGCCUGUCCGCAGGACGGGCGUCAGUGGACGGUCGAGGGCCACAUUUGCCUGACGACCAUGCUCGCCAGACCGGCCAGGCACAGCGACGCGUUUCUCGAUUGUCGCUCGGACGAGGCAGAUCACUUUGAGCUGACGCUGCCGACGCUGCGCACGCCAGCCGAACGGGAGAGACUGCUGCGGCUGGCCGCCGGCGCCGAUACCUGGCUGGGGCUGUCGCGCUUCGGGGAUGGUGAGAACCAUGACUGGUUCUGGGACGACGACUUUGCCCAUGCCAUCACGCCAAACUGGGAGAAGCCGCCACCUUUUAUCUCUCAUAACGUGUGGUGCGGUGCCAUGGACGGCAGUACGGGAGGACUGAUAGCGCGUCACUGCCUCUCCAAGCUGCCGUAUCUUUGCCAAGCUCACGAGCGCCACUGAGACCAGCACAUUCGCAGUGUUACUGCACCUCCACAAACAACGCCGCUCAAGUCGCCCGAUGUUGUUGCUAACUUCUCAUUUCCCCCAUAAUUCAACCGAAUUUGAGCAGUUUGAUCCAGCCAUCGCAGCGUACCGACAUACGUAGUAUAAUUUUCCAGCCCGAUCAGAAACGACAUUAUAAAGUUGCAUCGUUGAAUUCACUUGCCUAUGUUUUGAAUUAAGCCUUCGAAGCCUUUGGAAUAUUGUCACUGGGUGUGAAGAUCAAGUGCAGUUUGGAUACCAUGAUUAUCCUCCUUUGCAAUGCGAUGUUUUCUCCUCAUUUCUGACAGCAAUAAAUUGAAAUACAUUCCUUAUA